AUCCAUCAUCACACCACCAAAAUAAAAGGGUUUCUCUCUCUCCUCUUUUUGUUUCUCUCACUUCCUCCAUCCAAGAGAGAGAAACAAAAGAAAGCUCUCUCUUUUUCCUUCUUCAUCUAUCGCUACAGAAAACCCUAUCUAUCCCACAUCAAGAUUUAUCAAAUCUUGAUUCUUUAUCCACUCUUUCCCCGAUUCUUCAACUUUGUGGGUUUUGUUCGAUCGAUCUUGAACAACAAAAGAUAGAAACAAUUAAGGUAUGCAGGCUGAUCAGACAGUGUUGAGCUUAAGACCAGGUGGUGGUAACCGAGGAAGAACUUCUGCUCCUCGUUUUGAUUCGUUGGCUUUUGGUUCUUCUGAUCUUCCAACCCUUCGUCCCCAUGGCGCUGCCGCCAUCAAGAGCAAUGAUUCCCGCUUCGAGCUUCGCGAGCGUGUUCGUUACACCAGAGACCAACUGUUACAACUCAGAGAGGUUGUAGAUAUUUCUGAGGCUAUUCUUAAAGUCAAACAAGAAGUCGAAACCGAAUUUUUUGGAGAGGCCCAAAAUUGGACCAAAUCUGAAGGAAACGCACCAAUUCAGCCCCAGGCGCGCUACUCUGAGCCUGAUAACCGUGACUGGCGUGGAAGAGCUCCACCGUCAGUGGAUGAGCGGUCUUGGGAUGGUGGUCGAGAAAACCGCGAUUUUGGUCGUGAUAAUCGGCAAGAUCCAAAUUCACAAUUUGGUCGAACACAAGCCUCACCUAACCAAGGGAUGGGCGGGCCCGCUCCUGCUCUUGUCAAAGCUGAGGUGCCAUGGUCUGUUCGACGGGGAACGUUAUCCGACAAAGAUCGCGUCUUGAAGACAGUUAAAGGUAUUCUGAACAAGUUGACUCCAGAAAAGUUUGACCUUCUAAAGGGUCAACUCAUUGACUCAGGGAUAACAACAGCUGAUAUUCUUAAGGGGGUUAUCUCGUUGAUUUUCGACAAAGCUGUUCUCGAGCCUACGUUUUGCCCUAUGUACGCGCAACUCUGUUCCGAUCUCAACACAAAGCUCCCCCCGUUUCCGUCUGACGAACCCGACGGCAAGGAGAUUACGUUUAAGCGUGUAUUAUUAAAUAACUGUCAAGAAGCUUUUGAAGGCGCCGACAAACUGCGGGCGGAAAUAAGGCAAAUGACUGCCCCUGAACAAGAAGCCGAACGUAGAGAUAAAGAAAGAUUAAUGAAGCUACGCACUCUCGGAAACAUUCGUUUAAUCGGUGAGCUUUUGAAGCAGAAAAUGGUCCCCGAAAAGAUCGUUCAUCACAUUGUUCAGGAACUUCUGGGACCCGACAAUAAAGUUUGCCCCGAGGAGGAAAACGUUGAGGCAAUUUGCCAGUUUUUUAACACGAUCGGUAAACAACUUGACGAGAGCCCGAAGUCAAGGCGGAUUAACGAUUUAUAUUUUAAUCGACUUAAGGAGUUGGCAACAAACCAACAGUUAGCUCCACGUAUGCGGUUUAUGGUUCGUGACGUUAUCGAUCUCCGAUCAAAUAAGUGGAUUCCAAGGCGCGAAGAGGUAAAAGCAAAGACGAUUACGGAGAUCCAUACUGAAGCGGAAAAGAACAUGGGGCUCCGUGCAGGGUCCACUGCUAGCAUAAGAAACAGCCGUGCGUUGGCUGCCGGAGCACAAGGGAGUUUAGGCCCGAACUUCAACCGUCCCGGUACAGGUGGCAUGAUGCCGGGUAUGCCCGGGACCCGCAUGAUGCCGGGUACGCCCGGAUUAGAUAAUGAUAACUGGGAGGUUCCGAGGUCCCGCUCGAUGCCUCGUGGCGCUCAACCACCAUUACUAAACAAGACACCGUCGCCAAGUCAGCGGUUUCUUCCUCAGGGUAGCGGCGGUUUUAUUGGCGGCAAACCAAGUGCGUUAGUUCAAGGCGGUGGUGGAUCUAGCGGUGCUGCUACGACUUCUGUUAGACCUGUUGUUCCUACAUCGUCUCAGCCUGUUGCGGCUGCCGCUGCUGCUGCGCCUUUGAAGGCGAAAAAUCCCGAUGAACUGAAACGAAAAACGGUUUCGUUACUUGAGGAGUAUUUUAGUGUUCGUAUGCUCGAUGAAGCGUUACAAUGUCUAGAGGAACUGAAAGCACCGGAAUAUCACUCCGAGUUCGUGAAAGAAGCGGUUUCGCUCGCGUUGGAAAAAAGCCCGCCGUGUGUCGAACCGCUAGCGAAGCUUUUAGACUAUCUUACCUCCAAAAAGGUUCUCACUCGAGCCAACUUGAUAACGGGGUGCACCGCGUACGGCUCGUUGUUGGACGAUAUCGCGAUUGAUUUACCGAAAGCACCGAGCAGCUUCGGUGAGAUCAUGGGACAUCUAGUGCUGUCGGGUGGAUUGGAUUUUAAGGUCGUGCACGACGUUCUAAAGACGAUGGAGGAUGAUUAUUAUCAGAAAGCGGUUUUCGCGGGUGUUAAGCGUGUCGUUGGUUCGAGCCCGUUUGGGAAGGACGUGUUGGAGUCGCAAGCGGCGGAUGUCGGUUUGUGCGAAAGCUUGUUUUAAAAGGUGGGUGCAGGAUGUUGAAAACAAGAGGUGAGAAAGUGUAUAAUCUUGUUUUUGUGGGGGUUUGAAAGAAAAAAAGGUUUAUUAUUAUCAUGAAUUUUGACAUUAUUAUUAUUAUUAUCUGGAGGGGUGAGACUUUUCCUUUUGUUUUUUACAUUUUAGUUUUGUAACUUUGGAGUAUAAUUUGAUUAUUAUUGUUGAGACUUGAGAAGUUCAUAAAAGCAACUGUUUGUAUUUUAUUGAAAUCUCAUUAGUUUUUUUUUUUU